UCUUCUCUCUCUUAAUCCGUUUCUUUCUCCUUUUAAUCUUUUCAGAAAUAAUCCCUGUUAUUCAAAUCUAAUUCUCAAAUGUCGGUGUAUUUUACAUGCAGGAUCAAAGAAAGAAGGGAAACCCAAAAAGAUUUAUGGCUAACAAGAUUAGAAGAAAAUAUUUGCGUUUAUCUCAGAUUUUAAAGAAAUGCAAGUUGGAUCAAGUGAAAGAAAUAGAAUCAAAGAACAUUUUCGAGUAUCCGACUACUGUGAAAUUGAUGGUGCAAUCCAAUGUUUCUGGUGGUUUCUGUAUGCCACUUCCUACAACAUUCUGUCGACAAUAUUUGCCAGCUAAAGAUACCAUCAUGAUACUCGAGACAGAAGCGGGAGAACAAUACAAAGCAAAGUACCUGCCUCGAUCUUUAAUACUCAGUGGUGGGUGGUUAAGGUUUGCCAAGGAAAUGAACCUCAAAGUUGGGGAUAUUGCUGUUUUUCACUUGGUAUCAGCUACCAAAUUCAAGAUGCACUUCAUCAGGGAAAAUUCUGCAAGCAAAAUAAGUCUGAAGCAAACUCUUUCAAGCAAAACGGACAAUACUCAGGUAAUCGUAUACAGGAGGAGAGAACAUCAAACAGCAGGAUAUUACAAUAUGUGUAGUGCAAGGCUCAACUUCAUGAAUCCAAAAGAUUCCAUGUUUUCGAUUGAGAAGAUGCUUUUCAGUGAGAUUACGAGCUUUGCAGAUUUCAAAUCGGUCUUACAAAAACUACUUCAAAACCAGAAGCUACCGUACAACAUCUUACACAACUAUUACGAGCUCUGCAAUAGUCAAAAUGCAUUUCUUCACGCUAAUCUAUUCAAAGGUAUAUAUCCGAAAUUCAAUAAUCAGAUCAUUAUCGAGGCCAUUAGAAGAAUUAUUUCCGACAGUGUCAUCAUAGCCAACGCCUUGAGGACUUGUACGCUCUCGACCUUCCUCCAAAAACAUGCAUCAUGGGAAAAAGCAUUGAAUACGUAUGAAGCUCUUGGACUUAAUGCCGGAUUCCUUCAAGUACGCUUACACCGCCUCAAGAACUUCACGUUGACAUCACAAGGAGCGGUUUACUGGAACCGGUAUCAAGAAGCAUCAGUUGAACGCAGUCGUGUGGAAAUUGAAGCACAGAAACUCAAGAGCAUACUUGCUUUGUUACAGACCAAGACUUCACAGCUCGAGCCUCGAAAAGAAAAAAACAGUGGCACACAUUCCUGGCUUGUGGUUGCUAAUGCAGAGAUAAGGAACCUUGAGGUUUCAGUUUGUGAAUUAUGCAAGUUUUUAGUUCAGUACGAUGCUCAUAUUGAGACCUUGAAGUUGAAGGCCGAACCUCAUGAGAUUCAGUUUCAGGCAGAAACGAGCGCUCCAUGGUGAUUUUGGGACUAUGUUUAUUAUAUGGAUAACUAUGUACAAAUUUAAGCACUGCUGAUGUUCUAUUCUCUGUGUAUUUUUAUGUUUAUAUGAUGUUUUAACUGUGAAGUAAACGUUUAUUGACAAUAACAAUCUACUCUAAUUAUUUUUGCAAUGUUUUCAUCAAUGAAAGGCUAUUGUAUAUCUAAUUUUCUAGACAUGUAUCUUUAAAGUAUUAAGAGACUAGUUAAUU